AUGACAGCAACAAACAACAACAGUAACUUUAUCGUUUCUGAUGAAAAAGUUAUUGAUUCAUUAGCUGAGGAAUUAGUUGUGGCAGAAACUAAAACCCUCAACGAAAGAAUUGGUGAAAACAAGAUUGAUUUACAUAACUACCUCAAACACGAUGGAGGAAGAGGAAGGAAAACUGGUAUGGCUUUAUUAGUAAAUAAAAUAUCAAAUUUAACGAUUAUAGAUGUUGAUAUCAAUAAAUCAUACAAUGAUGAACUUAAAGAAACGGUUAGAAAAGACAUUCUAUCAAAACUUUCGGAUAAAGACGUUAUAGUUAAAACCGCUUCAGGAGGUCUUCACAUUUAUUGCAACACUAAUUUCUUCUAUGCAGUUUCGAACAGAAUGAUUAAAUGUUAUUCCUGCAAUGAUUAUGAUAUCGAUAUCAUGACUUCUAUUGAUGAUUCAAAGCGUUCAUUGGUGGUUAUGGCUGAUUCAAGAGUUCGCAAGAAUGCAACAGAACCAAUCAGUACAUACUCAUUCAUUCGUGGAAGUUACGAUUCAACAUUAACUAGAACCGUGAAUGAUAUAUUAAAUGAUUUGAAUAUUAAGGUAAGAGUUGAACAGAAGAACGAAGAAAUAAAGACUAUCAUGAAUGAAAACAAAGAUGUAAACAUUGACGAUAAACUUGCCCAGAGCAUAGUUGAUGGCAUCAGUGAUUUUGAAGUACAUAAUGACAGUGGAAACAUGAAUUUAGAAAAAGAAGUUACAUUAUUCACACUGUUUUAA